GCGAAAACAACAACACAUUACUUUAACUCUGGGCUCCGUUAUUUUUUUGCGAAUUGCUCUUAAUUAUCUGUUUUUAUCGACAACCGAUGUUGCUGCCUUUAGCUUUUCGUUUUCGUCUGAUCUUCACAAUUUCCAAAUCAUUUAGUUCGGGCUUUGCCGAAAUUACAGUACAAAAUCGUGUGUGACGCAAAAGAGUUUCAAAUUUCCAAUGCCAUUGUGUAUGUGUGCGUGUGUAUUUGUGUGCAAAAAUUGAAAUGCCAUUGAGCAGGCACCAGCUUUUUUAAGCAGCUAAUUAGCAUUUACUUGAUCAGUCUUUCGGACUAGGCUACUUUGAGCGGGCAUCUUCCCGUGCAGCUGCUCCUGCUGGUGCCGCCAACUGCUGCUUCGAUUCCAACGCAUUUGCAACGAGAAGGAGCUGCGCUGCAAUCGCUGACAGCGACAGCGACAGCAAUGACAACCACAACCCAGAUGGAGAUCAACACGAACGGGGGAGGCGGAGGCAGGUGUGGCAUAGUGGCAAGCAGCUCCAGCGUCACUCCAGCGCCCAUCUGCAGCAGCGGUCUCCAGAAAAAUGCCGUUGGCGUUGAUUCGCCCAGUAGCAACAGAGUGCUGGAUGUCACCAAGCGCAAGAAACUCAAAUCCCGGAGCAGCGUGGGGGCAGCGUCCACUCCAACCACAACGACAGUUUCCUCGCACACGAUUCGUAGCAGUGGUAGUGGCAGUGCCAGCAAAAGCAAUGUCACGGGCCCAAACUAUUCCAAGGAUCAUCUGGAUGCCUGGCUGGAGAAUUGCCUGCGAGAUGCUACCAAUGCGCAGCUGUCGUCAUCCUCUGAAUUUCUCGACUUUACUCCGUCCACAGCACAGGCUAAUAAGCAAAUCUUUGUGACUCAGUCGUCAGUCCAGCAACAGCAACAACAGCAACUACCACAGCAGCAGCAACAACAGCAACAGCAAUUCCUCAUGCGCUCCCAUUCGCAGCCUUAUAGCAUGGGCACUGGCACGCCCUUCAGCCUGGGGAUUCAACGCCACUCACAGGCCCUCAGCCAUCGAUAUCCGAUGCUCUUUCCGCCCCAAAGCUACCCCAAUGGCUAUGGCAUGGGCAUGGGAUAUUGCGGCGAUGGGGGACAGGAGUUUGCCAGUUUACCGCCGCUGGUCAAUAUGCUGGGAGGGACGGGUGGCGGUGGCACCACCUCAGAGCAUGAGCAGAACUCCACGGAUGUCUUAGACGGAAGCAAUCCAAACUUUAGCAGAGGGUUCCGAUUCAGCGAUCCCUGCCUGCUGAAUCCCUCGGACAACGACUCCAAGCUGAGUGGCCAGAACACUCCCGACUGCCGCAAUGGCAACACCAACACCAACGAUAGCGGCUGCGAUCUGGCGCAGCAGAACAAGUUCUUUGCGGCACUGAUGGAGCAAAUCAAUCUGUUGCACGAUACCAAUUCCAAGAUAUGCCGCAAUUUGCAUGAAACCAAAGUCGAUAUCGAAGCUUUAAAGCACGCUCCUAACGGCCAGGCCUGGGCAGGUGCUGCCACGGGCACUGGCACUGUCACUGGCGCUGGGGGCAUGCGGCACCGUAGAGAUAGCUUGAGCGGAUUAAGCACACAAAGUCAGCCACUGGUGUUUGGCGGUGGAUUCGGUGGGACACACAGUCCGGCGCCCACCUUUCAUUCAGGAGCCUAUACGCCAGGUAUGAUGACCGACGUGGUGCGCGAGGUAAAGGAGGCAGCGCGAGUGCGCGAGGACGCCCUCCUCAGUCGAGUCAAAUCAAUGGUCGAGGAGCGUCAGUGGUCUCUGAACGAGGGAAAUGUACGUAUACUGCGCGACAUUGAUGAUCUGAAGUCGCACGUGAUGCAACUGCGUCUGGAGCGGAAGGAGACACAUAAACGUCUGUCGCAUCUUGAGGCAGAAAACAAGUACCUGCGACAGGCCCUGGCCAGCUGCUACAACCAGCGUCAGGCCUAUCACGACAUCACCUAUGAAAACGAGCGGGCACGUGGUUCACGUAAGCCAUUUCCUAAGGGCGGCGGCGGUGGUGGAGGUGGCGGUGGAGCUGCAGGAGUGGGGCCACGGCGAGCUCAGUCGUUCAAUCUACAUUAUGGAAUAAUGCACCAGACACCGACACAAACUACACAAGCCCUUGAUGAGGAUGACGAGAUCGAGGAAGACAACGAGGCGGUAUCGGUGACUACCACCAAGCGCCUGUCGUGCUCCAGCAGCGAGUCCCGCAGUAAUGGGCUGCCCACACCCACUGUCCAGCACUCGCAGUCCUCAUCACUGGCACAGCAGCAGCAGCAGGAAGCAGCGCAAAGCCCACCCACGUUUGCAUUGAUUGCGGAACAUUUGGAUCGGGAUCCCGCACUGCCGCCGCCACUGUUGCCGCGCAAAAAGGAGCAUACCCAGCUCAAGCGCGAACUCGGAGAAGCAGCCGCCGCACGUAAGGAGGCCAAUCAACGUAUCAUAGCACUUGAAAAGUUGGUUAAAGACCUAAGUGUCCAGGUCAAGGGCAGCCAAUCGAAUUGGAAUCCGACCAGGUCUAGUGAACCCGCACUGGCAGCCUCACCUGCUGCGGAAGCGGCAGCGUCACCGACAACGAAAGCACAGGCAACAGCGGCACCGAAAUUCAGCGUGGCCGACGGACCGAUUACGGACUUAUAGUUUUAGCUAAGAGCCCCCGACUGCAAGGCAGCGGCUCACCGGCCCCAGCGGGCAGUGCGAGUCAGCCACUUAUAGCACCCAGAUCUACGGGGCGGCCAAAAUCAGAAAGUGCACACCUUUCGUUUCAAAAUUAUGUAUAAAUCAUUAACCUUUGCAUAGUCCAACUUCAUACCUACACUAUAAAUAUGACGAGGAUACUUUUAACAUGCCAAAACUAAAUACAAAUACACUUCAUACAUAUCAUAAGAUAAAACCCGAGCCCUCACCAUCGCACUCGCUCGCCUUUGUUGACUCAUUUCACAUACGAGGCAAGCCGCACAAGGCCAUGUAGUUUGUCCAUCCAACAUAACCAACGCAAAUUGUUACUAACUCUAGGCUAUCCGACCUAACUGAGAAACCAUGUACCUAUUAUAAAGAAAAAGCAAAAAUCAAAAGCUAAAAUACAUACUUACAUAGCAAUAUAGCUAUAUGAGCGAACGAACACAAUGUUAUUCGCGGAGCGGAUAUUUAUUCCAGUUUAUAGCCGUAAGGAAGUAGUGCCUAAGAUUUUGUACUAGCUGAACCCAUUUAUAUUUGUUAAGUGCCAUUUAAUAAAACGGAA